AUGUCAACCGCAGCCGCCUCUGUCCCGUCAUCGGUAGCCGAUCCCGUGUUUUCCAGUGCCGCCGCGUAUAACGCCUCGUCCUCGCUCUUAUCACCUCUCACGUUACUAAAACUCCCUCUUCAAGCGAUACGAAAAGCCGAGUCUUUUGCAUUUACCACUCUUCCGCAGAACGUCGCCCGUUUAACCGGUCUAGAUGGGUUGGUGAAUAACGGGGCAGGCGGAGAAGGCCAUGCAGUCACAGCCGCAGUAGUAGCAGCAGCUACGGGAACCGGCGCGGACCACGCAGCUGAGGGAAUGGCGGAGGCUGUUAUGGCCGAGGGGUCUCUAAACCUUACGGAUAUCUUCCAGGCAAUGCGGAGAUUUAGUGGGUUCUUUAGUUACAUGACGAGUCGAUGGUCUCUGGCUUGCUUCUCAGUCGCGCUUAUUCUUAAUCGCGUGACGAUAUAUGCGUCGACAAGGCGCCAUCUCAGCCUUCCGUGGCACAAACGCUUGGCUCUUCGCAUCGUUCCAAUCAUUGUGUUUGUUGCCCAGAUAUUGAGCUUGCUACGCGCAAUGCGAUGCCAAACCUCGCCCGACUAUUCAGGUCUCCGGUAUGGCCAUCCUGGGAAACACUUCUCCUUUGACCACGCUAGCGGUGGUGGUGUCCUAUACUAUUUAGGUUCAUCAUUUUUGCCUUGGGAGACAGAUCAGCAAUCUUGCAGCGCUGUCCAGAUGUACAGACACUCAGGAUCCAACGAAAUUCCUAGCGGGUCAUUUACUCUACUCUGGCCAGUAUUCAUGUGCCUCUGCCUUAGUCACUUCGUUGAAACACUUUCAUGCGCUUUACAGGGUCGGACUGUUGUGACAGAGGCAGGCAUGUCGAUAUUCGAGCAUUCUCUUGCAUUUGCCGAAGCAGAAACCAUGAUCAGCCAAUCCAUUGGCCUAGGAAUGUUUGGACUAACAAAGCCCAGCUCAGCCAAGGGUGACUUGCCGGUAGCGGGAGAAGGAACGUCGGCACUGCACCUGUUGACCCGCACGCAGGUUCUUGAAAAGAUGAACGUGACUCCCGAGUUGCUACUUAUAAUCCUUAUAUCAUGCUGCAACAGUCUCUGCUCCAACUUACUCGAUGUCAUUGGAAAGCAAAGCAGAUAUCGGCUAGUAAACACUACUAUUUGGGGAUUUUGCUUCAUGGGAGCUAUGGCCUGGGGGUUUUCAGACAGCAGAUCCCUCGGUGCCGAAACGGGUGUGCUCAAAUUCCCAACAGUUUGCAUUGUGGGCUUUGUCCCACACUUGCUUAUCCUCAUUGGGAUUGCUAUCUGUCUCUGUAUAUAUGGGUUAGCUGUUCUAAUCACAGCCUUCGCCCUGCCGCCCGAUAUAUCUCAGCCAUCCUCCACCUGGGAAAGGUUCUCCAGCGCGCAUGAAAACAUGCAAGGUGCAAGUCAAAUUCGAAACGUGCGCCUGAAUAUGCACGAAGACUUUUACACCACUCUACUCCGCAUUGGAUAUGCCGCUUUGACUGCUGCGAGCGAGGCCGUCUUUCUGAAUGAAGGCCGCAGUGUGGUGGCUCGCCGGCGGACUUGGUUAGAGAAUGACCGGCUCGCUGAAAUUGAAACAAUGCGUAGGAGAGCCCCAGUCCGACCAAGCAUGUGGGCUGAAUCCUCGACUGCUCACCUGGAGAAUCCAACCAUUUUGAAUUUUGAUAUUUCAUCAAAAAGUGACCACUGGGAAAGCGGGUACAAGCGCGAGCAGAAAAUUGAAAAAUUAGCUCACAACUCUCGUCCUGUUCACUCUCAGGGAAGUCUCGGCGGCGUUGGUGCAUUUCAAGGUGCAACUCGGUGUUACCAUGGGUUUUCAUUCUUCAGAGGCAUAUUUUACUUGAUCUCUAGAUGGCUACUAGUGGGACUGAGCAAGGUUCUGAACCGGCUUGGUAUCACAACUCGACCACAGUGGAUGAUCCGGUUUAUUGGCUCUAAUAAGAGAAGAAAACGAAGUAGAGCGCGAGAGGCGCCCGCGUCAUUAGACUUCUGGAUACUUACCGAGGAUGGCGAAUUGGAGUUGCCAGAAGACAACGAAUUCGACGUGGAGAAAGAGAUGCGAAGGCGAGAGGCAUUGAGCCAGUCACGUUGGGAGGAAGCCGACGAAGCUCGUCUGGAAAACAAAUUGUACAACUGGUGGACAGCCGGUGGCUCAUGGGGCAACCAGGACGAAAGUGAAGAUUAUGUCCCGUUGGAGAAUGAUUUCGACGACACCACCAGCGUCAUUUCUAUGCAAACGAACGAUUCCGAAUGGGAAGAUUACGAUGACGCUUCUGACGGCCGCCGCACUCCGACGCAAAAAGACCCUUUCCCAGCCACACGCUCACGAGAAGGCACUCCGCUCCUCGAAACACUCCUAGACACAUCUUCUCUUGCCCGACUUCUUGACCCUCGGGACCAGGAGAGCAAAAACGAAGCCCGGAUUCUGGCUGCACAUCUCGUCGCUGACAGAGAGGGCCGCGUCAUGACUCGCAGCCGCCUACGAGCACAGAUUGAGUCGGAACGAGCACGGAUCUUGAUGCCGGCACGUUCUGUCUCUUCCACUGCUAGUAGCGCCGGCACUGGCAACGAUAAAUCGCGCCCCACGCCCGACGAGGAGGCAGAUAUUCUAGAAAAGUUGAUCAUUGCUCGUCGCAACGAGAUGUCUUCGCGGAAUCACGAUGCACCCCAAAAUUCAUGGCAGACUGGAGCAGCCGGUCUGGGAACGGAUGGGCCGCAAUGCGUGAUUUGUCAAACAACACCUCGUUCGAUUAUUACAUGGCCUUGCCGGUGUCUUUGCGUGUGCGAGGAUUGUCGGGUCAGUCUGGCAAUGAACAACUUUGGGAGCUGUGUAACCUGUCGUCAAGAGGUUUUUGGGUUCGUGAGGCUAUGGGUACCUUGA